AUGAAGAGAUCUUAAAACUCUUCAUCUACUCUAUCUUUCAAACUUCGGUCUCCUUUAAAUAAAGACCAAUCAACAAAACUUAGUUUCUUACCUUGUUAAAAACGUAGAUUAUCUACGACUGCGAUAGUAUUCUUAGGUUUAGCGCUGAUAGCCUCUCAAAAUGGAAUUAAUGCCUAAGCUCCUUAGUAGAAUCAUACUAUUGAGAAAAAAUAAUAUGAUGUCCCAUACACUCAAGAAGAUGUAAUUGAAGAAGAGAAUAUAUGGGAUAACUUGGGCAUAAAGCCUGAUGCUGCUGGCAAGCUCGAUGAAACAAAGAGAAAUAAUCUACUAGCCCAGCAUGCUCACUCGCACUUCACUGUUGAGAUUGACUCAAUUGAACCUGAGGGCGGACCUACUACUGGUAACACAAGAGUUCUAGUAAGAGGUGGCCCCUUCCAAGAUAUGCAGUUGCUAUUUCCUAAACCUAAGUGCAAAUUUGGAAGAUUUGAUAUGGUCGUUGACGCCACCUAUGUUGCUUGCGUUACCAGUCCAACUCCAAUGGAGAGUCGAGAAGCCAGACACAGAGACAAGAACGAUACUUGCCUUUAAUGCGAUAAUAGUCCAGAGUCAGGUGAUGCAGAAAUUGUUCCGUUUUCCGUUUCACUCAUUGGUGAUUUCUCAGAUGCCCAUAAUAGCAUGCCAUUCAGAUAUUACAAGCCAACUAUAGUACAUGCAAUAUAUCCCAGAUAUGGUCCUAAGGACGGUCUUACCUUCGUUCAAGUUUGGGGAGAAAAUUUUUUGAAUUUUGAUGAGAAUACCAAAUGUAACUUUGGUUCAAAAUCAGUUGUCGCUCACUUCAUUAGCAAUACAUAUAUGACUUGCAUCUCACCAUUCUCAGAUGUCGUAGAAAAGCCAAUUCCCUUCUCCGUUUCAUUGAACAAGCAGCAAAACUCCAGAGAUAAACUUGAUUUUUGGUACUACAACUGGCCUGAGGUAGUUGAAUUAGUUCCUAACUAUGGUCCAGAUUCAGGAGGAAACAGAGUACUUUUAAAAGGUAACAACUUUAACCCAUUCGUAGCUGAGGACAUCAACAAUUUAAAUGAUACUUUCUGUGAAUUCGAAGGUAUAGGUAAAGUACCAGGACAAAUUGUUAAUUCUACAAAGAUGUAUUGUGUUGCACCACCAAAUUACAUUCUUGAUAUGACUUAUGUUGAAGUAACUCUCAAUAAUUAACAAUACACCGAUGAUAAUAGACCUUAUUACUAUUAUAGACCACCUCAAGUGUUUGAUAUUGAUCCAAGAGAAGGUCCAACUAAAGGAGGAACUGAGGUCUUCGUUUAUGGAAACAAAUUCAAGGAUUCCAAAAACAUUACCUGUAAAUUUGGGGAGAAGCUAACAAGAGGAACUUUCCUUGAUCCAAACAGAAUUCUUUGUGUUUCUCCUGCCGUAGAGAGACCAGGAUACGUUCCUCUUACUGUUUCUUAUGAAGGUGAGAGAUAUUCUUCAGAGACUGUGAAGUAUCUUUACUAUGAAUCACCAGAAGUUUACAAUAUCACUCCUAUCUGUGGUCCAGUAACUGGAUAUACUUAAAUUACUGUCUUUGGAAAGAAUUUCCUAGAUAUGGGAUUCGGGAAAGUGAAAUGUAUUUUCAACAAUACCUACGUAAUGAAUGCUACAAUCCUAGAAGAAGAUAUCAUCAAGUGUGAUUCACCCCCACUUUCAAACUCAAUGGGAUACACAGAUUCAACUGAAAUUGGUGGCACCCCAUGGUUCAAUGUUUCAAUUACCUUAAAUGGAAAAGAGAUGACUGAUUCAAGGCAAAAGUUUACUUAUUAUGUUGAUCCAACCAUACGAUCUAUUCUACCUUUCCUUGGCCCACUUAGAGGAAAUACAGUUUCAAAGUUAAGAGGAGAAGGUUUUGCUUAAGAGGGAACUUGCAAUCUUACCGUGAGAUAUGGACAACAGCAAUAAAAAUUGCUUAAUUACACUGAUACUGAACUCGUGAUUGUCUCCCCUCCAGCUGAAGUUCCUGAUGCAGUGGUUGUUUCAGUUGCCCUUAAUGGGCAAUAAUUCGUUUAAGAUAAGACCCUUCACUUUAGAGAUGAAGAAAAUACAUUCAUCUAUUAUUAGGACUUAUUUAUCCAAGAUUUCAGUCCAAAGAUUGGACCAACUUCAGGCAAAACUAGAAUUAGAGUACAAGGAAUGGGAUUCAAAUAAUUGAAGAAUGAUGAUGGCACUUUCAGAAACCUCCCCCUCUAUGCUAGAUUUAGAGAUUCAGUAACUAAUGAGACUAUUGGCGAAAUUUCAGAGGCUUUUGAUGUAGAGGAUGAAGAAUUCUCCUGGAAAACUCCUGCUGCAGAUCUUGACACCAAAGCUAUACUGGAAAUUUCUUAUAAUUUAGAAGAUUGGCAACAAGUUCUAGAUGAGGGAAAGAACUAUAGUUACCAGUACUAUAAUGCUCCUAAAAUUCAAUCUGUGACUCCUUCAUACGGUCCAGUUAAGAGUCCUAAUAAUGAAACUGUAGAUAUCAUUGGAAAGCAUUUCAGUUGUCCUGAAGGAGAUUGCAAGGACUUGUGGGUUAGAUUCGGUGAAGAGCCAAAUGCUAUAUUUGUGAAAGGAGAAAAAGUUGCAGACGAUAGAAUUAGAGCAAGAGUACCUAAGUACACUAAACCUGAUGUAUUACCAGUAGAAAUAACCUUCAAUGGAUAAGAUUAUACUCAUGACAACUAAACUUAUGGUUUCUUUGAUCCUUUCAUUCUAGAUAUCAGACCAAGAUUGAUCAGUUAAAAAGGAACUACACGAAUUAGACUCAUUGGUUAUGGUUUUGUUAAUGCAGGCUAAGAAUUAAGAACUAAAGUACACCAUGUAAACAGAGGUGCUUUAAAGUGCUCAAAUGGAAACUGCCUAGAUCAAGCUGAAUACAUUGACAAGCAAACUAUUGAAUCAGGUACCUUCGCACAAAAAGAUAUAGCCAUAGAGGAUAAUGGAGAAAAUAUUGGAAGAAAUGGAUUCGCUGUUGAAGCAAGCGUUGUUGGAAACGCCUUCACUGAAAACAAUAUCGAAGUUUGGUAUUAUGAGUAGCCUGAAUAUGGAAACCUCAAUAUCAAUGGUACUCCAGCUAAUCAGGAAAAACCAAUCUUCAUUAAAACUAACUUCAAAUGGGAUAAGAAUGAUCCAAAGAAAUUUGGGGAAUAUGGCAAUUUUAGUUGCAGAUUCUAAUCUUUUGACGGUAAAAGAGUAAUUUACACAAAGGCAAGAAUGGAAAACUAUCCUCUUGGUAGUGCCUAAGAAGAAGGAUCUCUACCAACUCAUACUUUAUGUACCACUCCAGAAUGGAGCAGCCCAGAGCCAGUCAAGCUAGAUAUCUCUGUCAAUGGCCAGGAGUAUAGUGGUGAUUUCAUCUUUAACUUCUAUGAUAAGCUUGAUCUUUACAGAAUUGUGCCAAUGGCUGGACCUAAUGAAGGUAAAACUAAGGUUAAGCUAUACGGUAGUGGAUUCAAUAGUGGAAAAGAAGAUGUAUUUGUCAGAUGGGGAGUUCUCGAGACUGAAAGAUAGAUUAAAGAGCAAGUAAUGGAGUACAUCUGGAGUGAAAAUGACUUCGUAUAUAACGCAAUGCUUCCAGGCUCUGAAAUUCUGCUUGCUUAUAAGAAAGAAACCUACAACAUUGAGAAGAAAGACUACGAUUUGACUGAAGGUUAAAAGUUGAAGACUUAUGUUGCUCAUGCUCCUAAGCUUCCUAACUGGAAUCAUACUCAUGGGGGCCCAAUUUACUUGGCUGUUGGAGAGCACUUGCAAUUUAAUGUUACCAACUACACUUACUAAGAAAAUGAAGAUGGUUCUAAAACCCCAAUAGAAGUAAUUUAAAGCUAGACAAUGUAUCAAUACUCUUAUUCUUAUGUUGAGUACUUCUAUUAUCAACAACCAGUUGUCAAGAAAGUCGAACCAAAGAGCGGACUUACUCGUGGAGGUACCAGAAUUGAGAUUUCUGGAGCAUGGUUUGCUUACAGACCAGAAUACGGAGUCGUCCCUCAUUGUAAAAUUGGUGAUAAAGUAACUAGAGCUAAAUUCUUCUCUACCGUGAGAAUAGUGUGCGUAUCUGCACCAAAUGAUGACAUCUCACAUCUUAACCCACUUCAGGUCUCUUUGAAUGGAGUAGACUAUGUUGAUACUGGCUACACUUUCAGAUACUACGAACAGCCAACUCUUUACAAGAUGACUCCAAUUUGUGGACCUGCUUCAGGAGGUACCCAAAUCUUCAUUACUGGUUCUAAGUUCUCAAAUAUUUCAGAUCCAUAAAACUUCAACUGCAGAUUCACUUCCCAAGACAGAGACAUCCCACCAAAGUACAUUCCAGCUUUCUACUAAAAUCAAACAACUAUUAUGUGCUCAUCACCUGGUGGCUGGGGCAGAGGAGACUCUGUAAAGGUCCAAGUUACUUUCAACGGUGAGGACUACUCAGAGAACAAUUUUACUUUCAACUACUAUAACAUCAACAGAGCUAUCCCAAGAAGUGGUCCAGCAGACGGUAAUGGAGGCCCAAUCAGAAUAGAGGGAUCCGGAUUCUAAAAUGGCACUGAGAUUUAUUGCUCAUUAGAUAAGACUCUUUACGAACCUCUAGAAGUCUCAAAUGAUGUCAUUAAGUGCCCUAUGGUUGCUUCUAAGUAAGGUAGUGACUAUUUUGGAGCUGUAGAUUUUGCAAUCAUUAUUGAUGGAAAUUGGCAUAAAUUCACUGGCGGAUUCUAAUACUAUGAACAGAUUGUAAUUGAAGAGAUGAGUCCUAAAGUUGGUCCUUCUGAAGGAAGAGGAGUAAUUUAGUUCUUUGGUAGAAACUUUAGAGAGGACUUCCAACUAGCAGAUAUUGGGUGCAAGAUUGGAGAGGCAAUUGGAAAGGGUAAGGUUGUUGGACCAAACAUUAUUAAUUGCACAGUAGAAGAGAUGGCAUUGGUUGAUGAAGGGUUCUCUCUACCAGCAACUGUAGCACUUAAUAGCUAUUCAUGGCCAGAGUCAAAUCAAACAUUUGUUCCUUACGGUAUGACAGGCAUAUAUCCUAAUGCAGGCCCAUACACUGGAAGCACAGACAUCCUUAUCACAGGUAAAGGUUUCACCGAAGACCUAGAGGAGAGAGCUAGAUGCAGAUUCGGAGUAGACUCAGACUAUGCUAUUGUUGAAGCUGAGAUUUUAGCUUAUGAUAAAAUGAUUUGCAGAUCUCCAGCUGAAUUCAAACUUCCAGCUACUUCAGAUCAAACUAUCUCAGUUCCAAUUGGUGUUGGCUUCAAUGAUGAUGAUUUCGAGCCAUGGACUGAGAGUGUUCAUAGAUUUAGAUUCUAUUAGCAACCAUUGAUUGUUAGAGUCGAUCCAGAUGAAGUAGAAGUGGGUAAGAUGGCAGAGGUCUAUGUCUUUGCAGACGAUAACUCAGAGUUUUGGGAGCCAAUCCCUACUGGUAAAGGAUCACUAGGACAGUAUGGUAUUGAAUGUAAGUUCGGUAGAUUCGGAGUAGGCAUCGGUAUGUACCUAAACAAGACAACAAUCAAGUGUAUCACACCAUCAGUGUAAGAUGACCCAGACUCCAUUUGGAGAGAAGCAGUAAAGUUGACAGUCGCCUUAAAUGGCUAAGAUUUCGAUGAAGAGAACAGUGACCUUGAUUUCACAUUUGUUGGUACUGGAUCUACCUUAGUAUUCUGGCCUUAUGUCAUUGGAACACUUUUGAUUGGUCUUCUACUAAUAGCCCUUGUAGUCUUCUGUUCCGCUUUGCUAUAGAAAUUCAGUCUAGAUAGAGUCAUUGCUAUGAGAGGUAGUGCAAGACAGCAAAAGAGCAGGCCAUACGUCAUUAGAGACCCUUACGAUCAAUUCACUCCGAGAGCUUAUAGUGCUGGUAUGAUUGGAAUAGGACAAAGAGCAGAUAAUCAGCAGCAAUGA